AUGUUGGAAAGUCCAUUGGUGGUGGCGUCGUCGCUUAUUUUAGGAGGAUUGGUUCUAUUAAAAGUGGACGAUUGGGUGGGGAAUAACCAACAAACAGAAGUGUCGUAUUCCACCGCUUUUAAAAUCGGACUGUUUCAGUGUUUGGCCAUGAUUCCUGGUAUAUCCCGAAGUGGAGCCAGCAUAGUGGGGGGAAUGAGUCAAAAACUAUCCCGAACCACGGCGGCUGAAUUUUCGUUUUUUUUGGCCAUUCCCACCAUGUUGGGCGCCACCGCCAAAAAACUGUACGAUUAUUACCAAAUGGGUUUUGAUUUAACCACCGAUCAGAUUCAAUUGCUUGCUUUGGGCAAUGGGGUAGGAUUUUUGGUGGCUUUGGUGGCUAUUAAAUCCUUUAUUGGGUAUUUG